UCACCACCAUGAGCGGCGCAGGCGAGGGAGAGGAGUGGAGAGGACAUUUUACCGCGACGACAGCAGCGACGGCGACGCGAGCGCCAACCACCCUUAAGUAAGACGGCGGGGGAAAGGAAAGGGAGGAUCAGGGAGGCAACAGCGGGUCGCGAUUAAGCUGUCGCGCGCGGCAGGGAGUGGCCAACUGCUGGAUCUGACGCCACUUUGCUGCUACGACUUCGCCAUCCCUCCCCCUCCCCUCCCCCCUCGCCUCGCCCACGCCGCCCCCCCCCCCCCCGCCCCCCCUGUCGCGCAAUUCCUCGAGCACCGCGGGCGCGCGCGCGGCCCCGAUCUCCGCGGCGGCGGCCAAUGCCGGCGGCGCGAUGAGCGUGGAAGACGAGGUGCUGGGGGAGGAGGGGGAGGAGGACACGGAGGAGCUCUUCUACGAGUCGCUCGACCGCAUCCUCUCCUCCUCGGCCUCCUCCACCUCCGCCUCCGCCUCGGACGACGACGGCGCCGACCUCCCGCGCCGCAGCCGCCGCUACGAUGCCGCCGCGCUCGACCUCUGGACCUCCCAGCCGGCGCCCAUCCAGGAGCGCCGCCACCGCCUGCUCCAGCUGAUGGGGCUCGCGGGGGACCCUUCCCUCGCGCGAUUCGAGAUGGGCCGAUCCGCCUCCUGCGACGACGUGGGGCCGCGGCCGGCUUCUCCCGUCUCGCGGUCCAGAUCGGGCGGGGCCUCCACGGCGAAGCCUCCGGUUGGAGGCGACCGUUUGCGCCCCACCUCGCCCGACGCAUCAGAUGCCAGUGCCACGCUGGAGGCGGUCGAGGAGGACCCAAGCUGCUUGAUCAGAAACCUCGACGACGGCAGCGAGUUCGUGGUGAGGGAGGAGUUCGGGCUCCGCGAGGUUGGUACCGGCCGCCAGCUUACUGUGGAGGAGUUCGAGCUAUUCAUCGGCCGCUCCCCCAUCGUCCAGGAGCUCAUGCGCCGCCAAAGCGUCACCAACUCCAACCCAAACUCCAAUUCCCAAAGUGGCGCCUCAACCCCCAUGGAGAGGUCCAGCUCCGGCUCCAGCAAUGGCGGGGCGCGUUCUAGGCGGCGCAGCAGCUGGCUCCACACCAUCCGCAGUGCGGCUGGCUCCAUGGUCACCUAUUCACGUGACCGCCGCGGCGACGACAAGGACACGUCCUCAGAGAAGGGUGGCCGCCACUCCAGCUCGGCUACGGAAGACAGCCAGGAUGGUGUUGCACGCCAUGGUCCAGACCGUGUCAAGGUGCGCCACAACGGCAAGUCAUACAAGGAGCUCACUGGCCUGUUCAUGAACCAGCAGAUACAUGGGCACAAAGGGUCCAUCUGGAGCAUCAAGUUUAGUCCUGAUGGGCGAUACCUUGCAACUGCUGGAGAGGAUUGCGUGAUCCAUAUUUGGGAGGUGUUGCACUCCGGAAUGAUGAAGGAGGAGAGGGAGGUGGAAGAUAAUGGGACCUGCAAUCCUUUCGCUGCCAUGGUAUGUGAUGAGUCACCGGAGCCAAUGUUAGCAUCGGUUGCUACAGAGGGCAGCCAUUGGGAGAAGAAGCUGCCGGCAAAGGAUCUGCACAGUCGGAGAUCUGGGGGCUCAGACCAGUUGAUGGUGCCAGAGCAUGUGUUUGCACUGUCUGAGAAGCCUGUUAUAACCUUCGCAGGGCAUUUAAAGGAUGUGCUUGAUCUCUGCUGGUCCAAAUCUCAGUACUUGCUUUCAUCAUCAAUGGAUAAAACUGUACGGUUGUGGCACAUGUCAAGCACUUACUGUUUGAAAGCCUUCUCCCACAGUGACUAUGUGACUUGCAUCCAGUUCAACCCUGUUGAUGAUAGAUACUUCAUUAGUGGUUCUCUGGAUGAGAAGGUUCGAAUCUGGAGUAUACCGAAACGUGAAAUUGUUGAUUGGGUUGAUCUACAUGAAAUGAUUACUGCCGCAUGUUAUUCCCCCGAUGGACAGAGUGCACUCAUUGGCUCCCACAAGGGCAAUUGCCACGUGUAUGACACGUCUGAUAAUAUGCUUUCUUACAAGAAACAAAUUGACCUGCAACUCAAGAAAAAGAGAUCCAGUCAGAAGAAAAUCACAGGAUUCCAGUUUAUCCCAGGAAGUUCUUCAAAGGUCAUUGUCACAUCUGCGGACUCAAGAAUCCGAGUUGUUGAUGGCUUCGAACUACUUCACAAGUUUAAAGGGUUUCAGAACACCAGCAGCCAAAUCUCAGCUUGUUCAGCUGCAAACGGGAGGUACAUUAUUUCUGCGAGUGAGGAUUCACGUGUAUAUAUCUGGAGAUACAGUGAUGAUUCCAAACCAAGCAGAAAGAAGAGCAUUGUUCCUGUCACAAAUACCCAUGAGAACUUCCGCUGCGAGAGAGUAACAGUUGCUGUUGCUUGGCCUUGUGCCAGCGCCAGAAUGACUAAUAAAGCUAACUCCAGGAAGCAAGAUAACCUGGACUGUGUGGCUGGUAAUGGUCAUGUACUUGGAUCCGAACCUGCUAAAGAGGAUGAGAUUCCUGCUGUUCAGGACCAGAGCAACAAUUUAUGUAACAAUGGCGCGACUUGGCCCGAAGAGUUGAUGACAAAAACAAAACAAAGCCCCAAGUCUAAUACAACCCAUCCCGGUGAUGUAGAUCAAGCUCCGAGUCCGCCGGCCUGGGGCUUAGUGAUCGUGACAGCAGGCCAUGAUGGUCAAAUCAGAACAUAUCAGAACUUCGGUUUUCCAAGUAUAACGUCGAUCUGAGUACCCGUAUCGUAGACAUUGCAUUGCAGGACUGUAGUUUUGUGUACAUAGAUGGAGAUAACGGGUGAGUUGCACAGCAUUGAAGGAUUGACUGAGGUUGCUCCUUGGUGCGCCUGCUUCAGAGUUUCGGAAUCUUCGACUAACAUAUUGUCAGGGCUCAGCUACUUCGAUUCGGUAUGGCAUUCAUUUACUCUAAAUUGUACAUGAAAGUGAAGCCCUAGAGUGACGGCUGUCAGCUGGUUGGAGUGAUAUCAUGCUCCUCUCACCCAGCAGCUUCGACCUUGUAGCAAUUGUCUGUUCGCCCUUCCCAUUUUUCUCAUCUUUAUAUUAUAUAUUUUUUGUAAGAAAGAAAAAUCUCAGUGCUACAGAAAUGAGAAAAUUAAAAGAGUUACACAUA